AUGGCUGGUAUGUCGAGUAAACGUUGUGUUGAUGAACAGCUGAAGAAUUGGACAGCUGAAGAAUUGAAAGCGCAGGGCGUGGGUAUCUACCCUGAAAGGGAAUAUGCCUGUGAACAAUGUAGAGGGGUGGCGAUAUUUGAUGAUCAUCAUGAUGCGCUAUGUGAUUUGACACCCGAGCAAUUUGCGAAAUUGAGGGUGAUGGCUGAAGAUGAUGAUGAUGAUGAUGAGCGGGGUGAGAGAUUGAAAAAUUACAAAGAAAACUAUGCGGAAACGAUGACCCCGCUUGAAUAUUGGUUGUAUUGCAGAGAGCAAGAGGGUAAAGGAGAUUUUACCCCAACCACCUUUGCUGAUGAUGAUGAAGAGGAUGAUGAUGAUGAUGAUGAUGAUGAUGAGGAGGUGGAGGUUGUAGCUACAGAGAAAAAAACAUGGUUUUACCCAAAUUCGGAGGGGUUAUACUAUUGCGACAUUUGUGGAAACGAUCCCGAUCAACCCUGCGAACACACCUCACCCCCUUGUGAAGAUUUGGGGCAUCUAUUUGGUUCCAAUUGUAAAACUCAAUAA